CGUGCAGUGUCAUCAGUUUGAAUACAACAAAGCGCCAAAGCCAAUCUAACUGCCAAAGCGAACCGAACAAAAGUGUAUCCUUGCGACUCUCGUCAAAAGAAAAAUCGAACUCUGUCGAACCAAGUGAAAGUGAAAUUCAUCGUACUGUGUUUUCCUUGUUGAGCAAUUAGAGCAAAAAUGUCGAUCGUACCGAUUUUCUUCCGCAACUGGUGGGACGACGAAUGGGACCGUCCGCUGUGGAACUCCCGUCUGCUGGACCAACACUUCGGUGGCGGUGUGACCGCGGAUGACCUUCUGAACGCUAUGGCUUCGGUGGGCGAUCGUCGACUGCAGCCGCGCCAUCAUCAUCACCAUCUGAACCGAUACAGCCGUCCAUGGCACAGCUCGUGUUUGGCCACGAAAAAGGACAGCGGAUCGACGGUGAACGUUACGGGAGACAAGUUCCAGAUUAACCUCGAUGUGCAGCAGUUCUCGCCGGAGGAGAUCUCGGUGAAGUACGUGGACAAAUCGAUCGUGGUGGAGGGCAAGCACGAGGAGAAACAGGACGAGCAUGGCUACAUCUCGCGCCACUUUGUGCGUCGGUACGUGCUUCCCAAUGGCCACAAUGAGAGCGAUAUUGUGUCGUCGCUGUCGUCGGAUGGCAUCCUGACGAUUACGUGUCCGCGCAAGGAGCUGGAACAGAAGAAACCGGAGCGUGCCAUUCCAAUCACCCAUACUGGCCAGCCGGCGAAGAAGCUGGCGGCCGCUGGGGACGCUGAGCCGGCCAAGAAGAAUGGAGAGAAGAUGGAAUCAUAAGCUGAUCUCAACAUUGCCAUUUUAUUUUAUUUCAUCGUUAAGCGUUAAGUUAUUCGUCGUGUGAUUAAUAAAGUAUUAUGUUUGUUUCUUAAA